AUGUCUGAAGCCAUAGUCAAGCGCUAUGUCAUUGUCGGCAUGGGUGUACGCUCUGCCUUCUACUACCAGGCCAUUAUCAAUGACUUCAAAGACACUGCCAAGGUCGUGGGCAUCUGCGACACAAACCAGACGCGCAUGAAUGCCGCCAAUGACCGCAUGGUGGAGCUCGGUGCCGAAAAAGUAACUACAUACAAAGCGGAAGACUUUGACACCAUGGUGCAGGAGCAAAAGGCAGACGUGGUCAUUGUGACGACGAUUGACCGCGUGCACCACCAGUACUGCAUCCGCGCCAUGGAGCUCGGCUGCGACGCCAUCACCGAGAAGCCCAUGACCAUUGACGAGGAGAAGCUGCAGCAGAUGAUUGAUGCGGAGAAACGCACGGGCAAGCAGGUGCGCGUGCUCUUCAACUACCGCUACGCGCCGCACCAUACCAAGGUGCGCGAGCUCAUCGCCUCGGGCGUCAUUGGCGAGGUUGCGACGGUGCACAUGGACUGGAUCCUCGACUGCGCGCACGGCUCCGACUUUAUGCGGCGCUGGCACCGCGAAAAGGAAAACAGCGGCGGCAUCCAGAUGCACAAGUCCAUCCACCACUACGACCUCGUGCACUUUUGGCUUGGCACCGAGCCGGAGCUCGUCUACUGCCUUGGCGGGCUCAAGUUCUACGGCAGGGAGAACGCGGAGCGUCGCGGCGAGAAGAACCUCGGCGAGCGCUAUCUCGACAACGAGGACGCCAAGAACGACCCCUUUGCCAUCCACAUCGACAAGAACGCACAGCUGAAGAAGCUGUAUCUCGAGGCGGAGCACGAGGAUGGCUACAUCCGCGACCGGAACUGCUUUGCCGAGGGCAUCACCAUUGAGGACAGCCUAUCCAUGAUUAUCAAGUACGCCAACGGCGCGGUCAUGACGUACAAUACGUACGCGUACGCGCCGUGGGAGGGCUACCGCUGCACCUUCAACGGCAGCAAGGGCCGCAUCGAGGUCAAUGUCGUGGAGAGCGGCUACUCGGCUGGUGGCGAGCCCGUGACCAGCUACGACCUGACCGACUUGGAGAAGAACUACAUCCAGGGCGGGGUCGAAAAGACGUCGAUUGUCGUGUAUCCGCUAUUUGAGAAGCCGUACAUGGUGGACAUUGAAAAGGGCCAGGGCGGUCACGGCGGCGGAGACCCUGUUCUUCUUGAGGAUGUGCUCGUCGGCAGCAAGACGGACGAGUUUAAGCGUGCAGCGUAUAUCCGAGAUGGAGGGAAUGCAGUUUUGAUCGGCGUAGGGGCCAACAAGUCCAUGAAAACUGGACUACCCGUUAUGGUUCAGGAGCUCGUAAAGUGGUAA